GAAGCAGCAGCAGCAGCUGCAGGCGGACUGCCUUACUGUCCACUUCACCCCACUUCACAUCUAAUCUCAUCAUCUCUCCUUUUAACAUCCCCCCCUACGUCUCUUUUCCCCCUCCUUGCUCCUUUUCAUUUUCCUCAAACUCCUCUUUUUCCACCUUCUCCAUUCUGUCUCCUCACGCCUCUUCUCCUUCUGGAUGCCUGCUUUCCCAGGAUGCCUUGUUCCAGGCCGCUUCGCUAGGCCCUAGCAGCAUGGGCGGAGCCUGGGUGGGGAGAGAGAGCACUGAUUGGACCCUUCCCCUCAGGACGGGCGCACUGGCGGGUCACCCUCCCUCAGCUUCAGAUGGGCGAGGACGCUGAGAGCCCCAAAAUCAACCACACCUUCCUGCGAGACUACGUCACUGAAGCUGAUGUCAUCUCUACGGUGGAGUUUAACCAGACAGGGGACCUUCUGGCCACAGGGGACAAAGGUGGCCGUGUGGUCAUCUUCCAGAGAGAGACUGAGUCUAAAGGUGAGUCCGAGGAGGUGGGGGAGACGGGGGACUCUGGGGAGUACAAUGUCUACAGCACAUUCCAGAGCCAUGAGCCGGACUUUGAUUACCUGAAGAGUCUGGAGAUUGAAGAGAAAAUAAACAAGAUCAGAUGGCUGCCACAGCAGAACGCAGCACACUUCCUCCUCUCCACCAACGAUAAGACCGUCAAACUGUGGAAGGUGAGUGAGAGAGACAAGCGACCGGAGGGAUACAACCUGAAAGAUGAGGAGGGACGGCUCAAGGACGUCUCUACCAUCACCUCUCUGCAGGUGCCAGUGCUGAAACCUACAGAUCUCAUGGUAGAGGUUCGACCCAGGCGAGUGUUUUCCAAUGGACACACCUACCAUGUCAACUCUAUCUCAGUCAACAGUGAUGGUGAGACGUACCUGUCCGCUGACGACCUCCGCAUCAAUAUGUGGCAUCUGGGCAUCACAGACCGUAGCUUCAACAUUGUGGACAUCAAACCAGCCAACAUGGAGGAUCUGACGGAGGUGAUCACAGCAGCAGAGUUCCACCCACAUCACUGCCACUUGUUUGUGUACAGUAGCAGCAAGGGCACCCUGCGCCUCUGUGACAUGAGAGACUCUGCACUUUGCGACAAACAUACCAAAUUAUUUGAGGAACCUGAGGAUCCAGGGAGCCGGUCCUUCUUCUCAGAGAUCAUUUCUUCUGUGUCGGAUGUCAAGUUCAGCCACAACGGACGCUACCUGCUGACCAGAGACUACCUCACUGCCAAGGUAUGGGACCUGAACAUGGAAAAAGGCCCCGUGGAAACGUACCAGGUCCAUGAAUACCUGAGGAGUAAACUGUGUUCCCUCUAUGAAAAUGACUGCAUCUUUGACAAGUUUGAAUGUGUUUGGAACAGCUCAGACAGUGUGAUCAUGACAGGGGCGUACAACAGCUUCUUCCGGAUGUUCGACAGGGACACAGGUCGAGGCGUUACCCUGGAGGCAUGGCGGGAAAGCAGCAAACCUCGGGCCGUGCUGCGGACCCGACGUGUCUACACUGGUGGUAAGCGUCGCCGCGGAGACGUUGGCGUUGAUAGUCUGGAUUUCACAAAGAAAAUCCUGCACAUGGCGUGGCACCCGUCUGAGAAUAUCAUCGCCAUAGCAGCCACCAACAACCUGUACAUCUUCCAGGAUCGCGUGAGCCCUGAGGCGCAGGCACAGUGACCGGAGUGACAUGAGUAUGUUCAUUGGCAGACAUCGUAUCAGAUUUCUCACAGAAGUAUACACAGUGACUCAGAUACGUAUAUAUUUGGAUGGCUCGGAGACGGCGUGAGGAGUAGACAGCCUUUAUGGGAAGAUGCAGCUGUCCGAGUCCAGCUGUUUCACAAUGUACUGAGAUGCAACGUCUGUUUAUGUUGUUAAAAAGAUAAGUUAUGAAAUGACAAGACAAUGUAAAUUAAUUGAAUCCAUAAAGUGAAUCAUCUUUUUUUAAAUACUGAGAUGGACUGAAGUGCCCAGUAUCUGUCCGGACAUGUUUUUGUUCCCAGUCUGCUACACAUUUUACCCACUGUAGGGGCAGUAAGAGAGGUGCAGGGACACCUCUCCAUCUACAGUGACUGUGACUGCUGGUGACCACACAGUGUUGGACUCUUUGCUGAUGUUGUUGGACAAAGAAUGACACAAGUUAUGCUUCGUAGCAACAAAGACUGAGUGACGCUAAAUAACACGAAGGCCUUGUGAUGGUGUGACUUUGCCAGCAAGUGCAUCUGAAGCGAAGCAUUUUUCACCAUUGUGGAAGAGUAGAUGUGGUUUCACUGUAAAGCUCUUCACGACAACAGUCUUUUUCCUUUUCUAAUGGAUGACAGCAGCAGUUAAACCUCUCCCUUCGAGCAGUGCUCUUGGAGAUUGCACGCAUUCAUUUUCCCUUGCCCUGUUUCCUUGUUCACUUUGCAAUAAUAGCACUAACAACAACACAGUUACAGCAGUAUUCCUGAUUUAAACCAUGAGCUCUUCUUCUACAGGUUACGUACAUGUAUACACUCUUUUUACUGUCAGCUGUAAAUAUUCUGUUUUUUUAAGGCAGUACCAGUGUUUGCUCCCUGAGAGCUAAUGGGUAAAAGGAUGCAUUUUGUAUUGUACACUGCAAACAAUCUAAAGAUCUAUGUCAAAGGGAGGAACAUUGUGGGAUCACUCUACUUAAGGUUCAGACGCGAUGUUUGUGUUGUAGCAGUACUUAUGUAGGUAUUGCUGGCAAUAGAGAGGAACAAAUCAACAUUUAUUGUUUUGUUGUGUAAGCUAUAUUAAGCCUGUGAUGGGUUUUGAUUGUUGUAUCAAGGUCUCAAAUUAUUUCCCAUGAGGGAGACGGUGUUUUCGUGCUGAGCCCUCUCACGUGUGCUCAAACUGAUUGGUAAUGAAUUCAAAAAAUGAACUUUAUUUCUUAAUUUAACUUCUUAAUGUGAGCACACCUUGUAAGGCCUCUUACAAUCAUGUGAACGCGGGAAUCCAAGCACAUGUACAAGGUUCCUGAUGCAACUAAUCAAAGUUUCGACGACUGAGCUUGUGUCCUGUGUGUUAGAAGGUCAGGUGGUUUCAACCGUGCAAUAGCUAAUGAUGUACAUCGCUAAAAAUGUAUUUACCAUUAAAAACAAUAAUAUUAUGUGUUAUCAUACCGUAUACCUCACUGUGCCACACGUGCGUCAUUGAAAGCCCCAGGCUGCACAGCAGUAAAGUGAUGUCUUUGUUGGACUUAUGUAUGUGACCUGACCAAGAUUUGAUUGUUUACAGUGAAGUGCAUUGUUUUCAAGUGACCUUGGCCCUGAUGGGAUUAUUGUAAGUGAUCUGGAUGUGUACUUUAGCAAGUGGAGAAUACGAAUCAGUGCAUGGGGUAUAGAGAGUGUCCAGUUUUGUUGCCCAUCAUUCCUAAUUCUUCUGUCAUAAAUUAACAGCAGUCCACAAAACCCAACAAUUUCUGCUUCAUAACUCAUUUCUCGUCACAUUUAACUACCUUUGGUUUCUAACCACUUUUAGCAGAUGUUGAAGUUCCAGUCUGUGGGUGAGGGGAUUCUCUUACAAGAGCCCCCAUCCUUUUUUCUGUCUUCACUGUUUAUUGUUGUUGUUGUUUUAAUGCAAACACUGUGUUUCAAUGACUGGUUUAAUAACCUGUACACAACAGCAAAAUAUCUACUGACAACACCCCCACAAGAAAACGGUUUACAUACUGACGGGUAACCACGUCAAGCAUUAUAUAGGUUAAGUACUCGGUCCUUUAGUGGAGAGCUGUAGUUUAGGGCAGGUCAGUUGAAAUGGCGUCAUAACCACUAACUUAUACAACCAGUGUGAGGAUUUGUGUUCAUGAGCACAGCAGCAUGGUGCCAUUACUCAGUGCUACUAGUGUGUAUCUCUAUCAUACUUAAAAAUAGACAAAUCUCACAAUACAAAAACACAACUCAAAUGAGACCAAUGGAGAGAAUGUGCAUUAAUAAAUGAAAAGCCUGAUAAAAAUG